AGUAGAGCUUCCUUGACUUUUCAAUUUUUAUAGGUUAACAUUAUCCUUUUUUGUUGAGGUUACUAAGUUUCUAUUGAAUUAUUUGAUGAAUAUAAGUUUUUCAUUUGUGUAUUAUAUUAUUAUUUUACCAUCCAAAUAUACUCACUACUAGCUUUUGUAUUUAUUCUUUGUUGAUCAGAAUAACAUUGAAAUAAUGGAAUACGAUCAGGUAAUAAUAAAUUGUAUUUAACAUUGUAAUAAAUAAUAACAUGUAUGUUGUAUUAAAUGUUUUAGGGAGAGUACGAUGGUGACGGGUACAAUAAUUAUGAAGAUAGAUACAAUGAUGAUCAAUAUGAGGGCAAAAUGCCUGAAAUUAUUAAAAAAUUUCUAUUAUACUUUAGAAAUGUCAUUAAUGAAGGAAUGGUGUAUGAAAUGCAAAAUUUAUAUGAAAACACGUAUGUUUAUUAUUUGCAUAUAUUAUGUAUAAGUAUAUACUGUGAUUUUUUUCUUCUUGAAUCAGCAGUUAUUUUUAAAGGUUUAAAGUGAAUUUCUGUUUUUUUUUGUAAAUCCUUGUGGAAUUGGUUGAACUUUAUCCAUACGUUAUCAUAUAUCUUUGUCAACACGUUAUCCAUAUACCUUUAUUGUUAUUAUUUUUCUAAUAGGACCCUCCACCCUCUCUUUUUAAUACAAAUUCAAUGUUGGUAUCCAUAACACUAAUAUUUGAUUUAUCCAACAUUUAUGAGUUAUGGCUGUUCAAACAUUUAGACUAGAGGAAUAAGAAAGAAUUAUCAUUUAAAACUAGAUAUGCAAUCUAUUAUACCCUUCCCUAUUCCUCUGGUCAAUUUUAAACUUGUAACUUAUUUAUGGUAAAUCUGAUAUGUUAUGGACCAAAAUAUCUAGAAAAAUAUUUUUUAUUUUUAUUUGUGUUCAAAAAGGGGAUUCCUAUUUAAAAAACAAAAGUAUAUACUGAUUUAAGGUUUAUGGAGUAGGGAUGAAAAAUUAAAAAUAGUCAUAAAAUAAAGCUUAACCAAUUCCACAAUAAUUAAAAAAAAAACAAAAAUCAAAUUAAAUUCAUUGAAUAUUUCUGAAAAAAUUGCUGGUUCGUGAUAUAAUAAUUACCCUGUAUGUAUGAUAUAUUGAUUUUUUUUUUAAUUUCUGGUUUACACCAAGAUAACCCAGAGAGCUACAAGAGAAACAAUUGCACAGGAACAGUUUUUGAUUAUUUAACAUGGCUUUUAUUAUAUAAAUUAAAUUAUUUUGUGUCUUGCAAAUUUUGCAACUACAAUAGUGUUACACUCAUAAUGUUAAGUAUGUCAACGAUGUAUGUUUUUAUCAUUUUCUAAAAAAAAUAAUAAGCACCAUAGGUAGAUUUUUCAAUGUGUUAAGCUAAAAGACAUUAGAAAAAAUACUCUUUUUAUUUUGAAAUUUAUUUCAAAAAAAAACCUCAAAAAUCAUUAUAUUUUUUUUUGUAUAUUUUGUUUUUAUGAGAAAAACCUCUGGUUUGUUUUAAAAAUUAAUUAACUUUGAAAAGAUAAAUAAUUUUGAGUGCAUCUAAGGUCAUAUACUCAGACUGUUUUUUAUUAUAGUUUUCAAAAUAAAAAAAAGCUACAAUUUGUCUAUUUAUUUUCAGUUGAGUGUAUUAAAACACUCACAUUUUUAAGAAAAAGAAAAAUUAAAAAAUGAGCAAUGAUUAUGAUCUGUGUUUAUGCUCAUUUUUAAAGUUAAUCAUAUAUUAAGUUAAGUAUUGGAUGAUUGUUUUUAUUGUAUGGCUGCAUCUGUAGUUUAAACAUUUGUGAAUGAAUUACUAAUAUUUGGAAUUAAACAUGAAAAAUUAAACCUUUUAUUAAUAUAUUGUCUAUAAUCCAAUAAUUACGGCAGUGUUGUCAAUGUACAAUAAUGAACACAUUUAUUCACAUAACCUAUUUUUUAUUAAAGGUUUCCCAAAUUAUCUGACCAAUAUUUUGAAAAAUCCCCGUGGCCUAGUGAAAAACAAGUCCGGACAAUAAUGGAUGAUGAUAAGGUAUUGUAAAAAUAAUAUAUAUAUAUAUAUAUAUAUAUAGUAAUACUAGUGUUAUUUUAAAAAUAUUUUAAUUUCAGACAUUUUUGAUGUUGUAUAAAGAAUUGUAUUAUCGACAUAUUUUUGCACGUGUUACUAAUGGGCCGACUACUAAACAGCGUUUUGGAUCAUUUUAUAAUUACUGCGAUCUAUUCAACUACAUCUUUAGUAUGGAAAUAGAAUUUAUUUUAUUUUAAGUUGCUAAAUCAAUGUUAUUUGUUUAUUAUUUCAGCCUGUGAAACUCCAGUACCAUUAGAAUUACCUGACCAAUGGUUAUGGGAACUUGUUGAUGAAUUUGUGUAUCAGUUCCAAUCAUUUACACAGUUUCGGUCUCGUAGUCGCAAAACACAAGAUGAAAUUGAUAUGCUUGCUUCUAACAAUGAAGUUUGGAAUGUUUUGUUGGUUUUGAAUGUUUUGCAUUCAUUUAUUAACAAGUCUAAUAUCAAGCUACAAUUGGAAGUUACUGCAAGUGGCGGUGACCCAGAUUCUGUUGCUGGAGAAUUUGGUCGUCAUUCUUUAUACAAAAUGUUAGGAUAUUAUUCUAUGAUUGGACUUUUACGUUUACAUAGCCUGUUUGGUGAUUAUUAUUUAGCUAUCAAAGUUUUAGAAAAUAUUGAUAUGCAUAAAAAGGUAUAUAUAUAUAUAUUUUCUAGUUUAAUGAUUUAAUUUGUAACAAUUUUUUUUUUUUUUUAGAAUGCAUAUAGCUCAGUACCAGCCUGUCAUAUUUCUACAGCAUACUAUGUAGGAUUUGCUUACAUGAUGAUGCGCCGUUAUUCUGAUGCAAUUCGUACAUUCAGUUCAAUUUUGUUGUAUAUUCAAAGAACAAAACAGCUUUUCCAAACUCGCAACUAUCAAAAUGAUCAAGUAUAAAGUUUUAAUAUAUAUUAUACUUUAUAUCAUUAUAUUGUUUUUGAUAUUUCCAUAGAAUUUUUUACUAUUGUCUAGAUAUAUUUUUCAAUACAGAACCUACCCAUCUUUAUUCAUUCAUACUAUGGUUUAUUAAUAUAAUUUUUGUAAUUUAUAGAUAAACAAACAAACUGAUCAGAUGUAUACAUUGCUAGCUAUGUGUUUAGUAUUGCAUCCUCAAUGUGUUGAUGAGUCUAUUCAACAAGUAUUGCGUGAAAAAAAUUACACAGAUAGGAUGUUUAAAAUGCAGUAUGGUGAUUUGCAAGAGUUUGAAAAUUGUUUCCAAAUGGCUUGUCCAAAAUUUUUGUCUAUGGAUCCUGCUGAAGAUUCAGUAAAAGAAGCAGAAAAAUAUCAAACUUCUGUUUUCAUGGCUGAAGUAAAACAACAAAAAAUGUUGCCUACAAUUCGGAGGUAUAAAAAUUGUGAAAAGUAUUUUUAUGUAUAUUAUUAUUUUAUUCUUAUGUACAUAUUACUUUCAGUUAUUUAAAAUUGUACACAACUUUGCCUAUUAACAAACUGGUGACAUUUAUGGCUCAAGGACAAGCCCAACGUGAAAACAAUGAAGUAACCGAUGAUAAAGACAAUUUAAUAAAACAUUUAUUGUGUUUCAAACACAAAAUGAAGAAUAUUGUUUGGAACAAGGGAGCUUCUGGAUUAGAUGGAUAUUUUCAUUCAGGAUCUGAGGUUUGUUAACAAUUUUGUAUGUAAGUUUUUGAAAACUAACGUUUUUUAAUCAUUUAUAUUUUUAGUUGGACUUUUAUAUUGAUCGUGACAUGAUACACAUUGCUGAUACUAAAGUGGCUCAUCGUUAUGGUGAUUUCUUUAUUAGAAAAGUUUUGAAGUUUGAAGAAUUGAAUCGUAAGCUGAAAUCUAUAAAAGUUUAAGUAAACUUUGUUAAGUAUUUUUUUUUUUUUUUUUUUUUUUUUUUUUUUCUUAUAAGAUUUGUCCUAAUUAAUUUUUUUAUCAUACAUCAAAAUAAUUAAAUUUUUUGGUCAUAAAGAUUAUAUUGUUUAUCAUUUAGCUUUAAUAAAUAAUUUAUAAUGCCUGAAGUCUAUUAUACUCAUUAAAAAAUUGACUUUUCUUUAUUGAAUCCCAUACUUUGGCACAAUAAUGAAACCUAUAAAAAUAUACAAAUUUAUUAUAUUGUGAGUCAUUGUAAUUUAACUAGUAAUUUGAAUAACAACUAAUAAUAAAUAUUCUCUCAUUAUAGAUAUAUAAAACAUUUUUUCACUUACCAAGUUCUUUCUGUUAAUUGUGUAUGAGUGAGGGGUGAUAUUGGUAAACUUAAUAACUGUUUUCUGAACUCUUGAAUUAAAAUGGACCGACCUGGUUGCAUUUUAUGAAGUCCAUUAAUUUCUAGACAAAUUUAAAUUAAUCAAUAAAGUUUCAUAAUGUCUAUAUGAGUAAUUAUUUUCCUCUUAAAAUGAUAAAAUAUAUUUACAGAUAAUUGUAGUUUACAU